AUGCUACAAAUAUCACAUCAAAUACCACCAGAAAUAAAUAGAAUAAGAUAAUUGAUAUGCAAAGCAGGUGAUGAUGGUGCAGAUACAUUCAAAAAGGAUCUCUAAAAAAUAGUUGAUGUUUUAGGGGAAUAUUAUUAAUAAAACAAAUAAGAAGUGAAAGAUGCGAUGAUUUAAUCAUUCAUUUAAUGUGCAAAAUUGUUGCCACUCAAAGCUGGAAUAUAUGCUACGAUAUUGGCAUUGUUAUCAACUAAAUAGACCACACAAUCCUUGACAGACUAGAUCAUACUUGGACUACUUGAACAUCUUCCCUAAAUUGCCUAAGAAGAAACACCUAUAUUGGGAUAAACUAUCCUCAAAUUUCUCAGUGAAUUGAUGAACGUUGGUUUGCUUAAUACUGUGAGUUUUGUAGAAUGCUUGUAUGAUUUGGAAGGAGGGGCUGAGAAUGAGCAAUCUCCAUUCUAUCUCCAGAUAUUGUUAACAACACUCCCUCAUGCUAUGAUUAAGGCGAUGGAGAAGAAUUAGAUUGAAUUCAAAAAUAUCAUAUAGAAUGUUGAAGUCUUAAUGACCAAGAGAAAAACUGAAGAUAGAUUAUUUCAUCUGUGGCAAUCCAUACGCAACUUUUUAAACAAUUAAGAGAAGGAUGCCCACACCUAAAUAUUUUAACAAUUCUUGAAAACCUCAUAUCCAAGACCUUAUUUGUUGUUUCCUGAUGAAAUGACUUAAGUCAGACAAUUGAGAAGAGGUUUCAAGAUCCCUAUAGUAAAAAGAACCUAAAUCUGGAGACCUCAAUAGAUUUUGGUUCUCAAUGAUGAAAUUAGAUCACAAAACAGCAAUAAAACUGAUGUUCAAAUAGAAAUCACCAGAUAAUGGAUCUAUGAAACUAUUGAUCUAUUCAAAACCAAUAGAUAGUAAAUCGUAUUCCAAUUUUAAUUGUACUAGAAUUGCAUUAAAAUGUCACCAACUUAAGAAGUUCAAUUCAGAUAAACCUUGAUUUUCACCUUGUUAAAUAUGGCUAUCGAAGUAGUUCCAAGAAAAGACUAAUUAUCUUCCGCCUUCUACAGUGGACUACUAACUCAUUUAAGCUAGAGAAAUUCAGAUAGCAUAAAGGAAUGGAAUGAAACUAUAGAACAAUUCAUUGACUAAAUCCCACAAAAUAAUAUCUUGAUUGUAGAACAACUAAGUGAUUGCUUAUCACAUUAUUUUUGCAAUUCCAAUUUUAAAUUGAAUUGGGAUAAGUAUUUCGGAAAGUACAACCCUGAUGAAACAGAUAGCUUCAAUAAUUACCUAGUUAUUAUGAUAUUUAGAAAACUAUUUCUAUUGGUUAGUGUUGAGAAGAUUACAGAUUUGGUACCCAAGAAUAUUAUCGAUUGGUAUAAUUAAUUACCGGAUAUCACUAAACCUUUAGAUAUUGAAUAACAUAGUUUGGCAGAGAAGAUUAAUUCAUAUCUAUAACAAAAAUUGAAUGGAGUUGAUAUGCUUGAAUAAUUAAAGUAGAUCACCAAUCCAAAUCCAGAUGCUGUCAUUCAAACCUUUAUAGAAUGUCUAUUCUAAUGUAUAUCCAAAUCCAUUACUCAUUUGAAUGUUUUAAGCAAAAGAUAUCUCUCAUUUUUGUUGUAGCCAAACAUAAUUAAACCUGAAAAAUUAGGUGAAAUCAUGCUCAAUACAAUUUUUAGAAUGUGGAAUCAUUCAGUUUUUCAUCUAAAAGUAUACUUAAAGGAGUUUUUGAAUCUAGAAGUUAUCAGUAAUUUAUAAGUUGUCAAUUGGUUAAACGACUUAAUUAAAUAGAAACCAGAAGUGUUUAAAAUUUAUAAUGUCCUCAUCGCAAUAAACGAUGUUUUCAGAAAAUAGACAAAAUUAGAUCAAGUACAAGAUUGCACCUACGAGAGCGUUAAGGAAAUAAACACCAUUUUGACAAAAAUGAUCGAUUAAGAACAAGAUGUCGUAAUUCAAUCAAGUUUAGAAAAUAUUUAACUCUAAAUAUUGAUUGCAUUUAAAUAAACUAACGGAACCCAAUUGGAGAAACUAUUAAAAGAAAUCAAAUCAAAUAAUGUUAAAUAAAUUGUUAUGUCAUUUUGAGUUUAUAUGCAUUUCAUAAAAUAAAUAAAUCUGUUA